AUGGAAAAUGGCCCUCCCUCUGAUGUUGCGCACGAAGUCCAACAUGGCGUGAACGACGCCUGCGAUGGAUCCGCCCGCCCACCACCACCGCCCGACCCCAACUUGAACGAUGCCAAAGCCAGCACGUCGCCCUCUUGCGCCGAGAAAUCCGACACGCCGCUCAUCCUGCAGAACGAGCAUUGGGAUGUGGACGUCAUCUCCUCCGUCGGCGCAUUGCGCAUGCUCAUCGAAGCCGUGGAGAAGCUCGCCGAAAACACCGGCGACGUGCCUCCCACCCCACCCGUCUCCCGGCCCGGCACGCCCAAGAAACCCCAACUCCUCCCGACGCCGAGCGAGCGCGCCGCCAAGCGCCUCUCCGCGACCGUCCACCACGCCGUCGGCGCCGGCGACGUGCCCGCCAUGGAGAUCGGCAGCCCGGAGGCCCUCUGCCACGAGCCCAUCACCGUCGACGUCAGCCAACACGCCGAGGACAUCCGAUUCCAACACGCGGCCAUCGCGCGCCGCUUCUUCUCCAAAUGCGCCCCGCCCUUCUCCCUGCGCAGCUACCUCAUCCAGAUCCACAAGCACUGCCCGCACUCGCCCGGGGUGUACCUGGCGGCGGCGGCGUACAUCCACCGGCUGUGCAUCGUCGACUACGCCGUGCCCGCGACGCAGCGGACGAUCCACCGGCUGAGCCUGGCGGCGAUCCGGGUGGCGGCCAAGUCGCUCGAGGACAACAAGUGGGCGCAGGCCCGCGUCGCCCGGGUCGGCGGCGUCUCCACCCUGCAGCUCCUGAACCUCGAGAUCACCUUGUGCUUCCUGCUCGACUUCGACCUCCACGUGCCCCGCCCCGCCAUGGCCAAGGGCAUCUUCGGCCUGCAGACCGCCGCCCGCACCGGCCUCGGCCGCGGCGGCAUGAUGGGCUCCCUGGUGCCGAGCCUGCGCCUCCCGCCGAGGAGGAUCCGGAGCGGCGCGUGA